AUAGCAAAACGGGAGUGUUUAUUUUGUUGAACAUAAAUACAUUAAAUUUCCUGUACAAUUAUCUUCGUUUUUGGAGAAUUGAGUGAAAUUAAUUCGAAAGGAGUGAUAUGCUUCCCGAUAUUUGCUUUGUCAAUAAGCAAUGUGAUCAUAAUCAUAAAUAUAUUUUGUGAAUGUGGUGUAUUAUGUUACGUGAGCCGCGCUGAACUAAUUGUCAAGCAUAAUGCCAGUUCAGCAAAUAAACGUAAAGAAUUCAUCUGAUAUCGAAAGUUGGGAAUGGGGUGGUGGAUGUGUAAGAGAGGCAGUUAGGGCUGAAUCUGGAAGCAGCAGUACUUCGUGUAGUAACUCAAGCGGAGACAUCUGUCGCAUUUGCCAUUGCGAAAGUGAACCUCAUAAUCCUUUGCUGGCACCGUGCUACUGUUCUGGUAGCCUGAAAUAUGUUCAUCAAAGUUGUCUGCAACAAUGGCUGACAGCAUCUGCAACUAAGUCAUGUGAACUGUGUAAAUUUAACUUUAUUAUGCAUACAAAAAUAAAACCAUUCAAUGAGGUGAGUUUUUGUAAUUUAUAUCAAUGUGUUAAUUUAUUAUUUGUAGUUAUAAUUAUUUCCGAAUGAGUCAGCUGAUUGUCCUUUGUUUAUUGAUUCUUGGGUGUAGUUUAAUUGUACUUAAUAAUAAUUCGUGCUGCAUCCGUGAAACUAGCCUCAACUACCCAGGCCAAAUAACUCAAAAAUAGGUGUGGAUUUAGUGCUUUUUGUGUGCUAAUUAGUCGCUCUAAUCAGGAAUUUGUUGCAAAUUCUAAGACCAUUUUUAACAGUGGUAGAGCUAAGCGGUAGCUUUUGCUGUCGCACGGAUGGGCCAGCUCGAACCGGGGUGGUACCACGACCUCACAGAAUACCAGCGUGAAGUAGAGGUUUACCUCUGCGUUGCGCUUGGUGAGUGCAGGUGGCCGGAGGCCCAAUUACCCCCCCCCCCCCAUCAACAUGGUAGUGGAAUUAAAUACAAGACUACCCCAGGAGGGUACCAGCACCCCUGGAGAAUCCCUCGCUGAGCAUCCACGACCAAACUACUUCACUCCUGAGCGUGGGUGCUCAGGCUGCCCCGCGUAUUCUGGGGGGGGCAAAAUUCCGCUCGUGACUAAUGCUGCUCGGUGCAAGCGGAGCAAUACAACCAAGGCGACCCCUGUCACGCUAUCCGUGAAUUUUUGCAACAUCAGGGGACUUCAUUCCAACCUUAACGCUGUCCAUUACCAUCUAGAGACGGCGAAGCCGGCCUUGCUCUUUUUAACCGAAACUCAGGUGUCCUCUCCGGCUGAUACUUCAUAUCUCUCCUACCCGGGAUACAAAUUGGAACACUCCUUUGUGCCCCGGGCUGGAGUUUGUGUAUACGUCAGAGAGGACAUCUGUUUUCGACGCCUCGGCAGCCUUGAAGGUACGGACCUGUCCAUCCUAUGGCUGCGCGUAGACAGCGACGAUCAUCCCCGCGUCUACGGGUGCCUCUAUAGGUCCCAUAGCGGUAAUGCCGACACAGACCGACUCAUCGACCACGUCCAAAUGGCUGCAGACUCCGUGCUACAACAGGUCCCAUCCGCAGAGAUCGUGAUACUCGGUGAUUUCAACGCCCACCACGCUGAAUGGCUUGGUUCUCGUUUAACCGAUCAUGCGGGUAGAUCUGUGUACGACUUUGCUUUGGCAUAUGGUCUAACACAACUGGUUACUUCGCCUACGCGGAUCCCAGAUGUGGAAGACCACUGCUGACCUCUCAUCCGGACGGAUAUCAGGUCUUCGUCGAUGCCCCUCUGGGCUCUUCGGACCAUUGUCUGAUCCGGAGCACGGUGCCACUCACGCUCCAAUCGCAGUUGCGAUCUGCAGCUUGCCGCCGUGUUUGGCACUAUAGUACAGCUGAUUGGGACGGGAUGCGGUCUUUUUUUGCAUCCUACCCUUGGGGGCGGGUUUGCUUCUCGCCGGAAGAUCCCAGCGUUGUUGCCGAUUCUGUUGCUGAUGUGGUACUUCAGGGUAUGGAACUUUUUAUUCCAUCCUCUGUGGUGCCCAUCGGAGGCAGAUCCCAGCCAUAGUUUGGUCGCUCCUGUAAAAUAGCAUCACGCUAUAAGCAGGAGUGCUACCGGGCCUGGGCUGAUGCAUCAACGUCUCGGGAUUUAAACACCAGCGCACUUAAAAAGAAGUAUAAUUCCGCCUCCAGGUCCUUCAAAAGCGUCAUUGCCAAGGCAAGGUCUGAGCACAUCGGCAGAAUUGGCGAGAAGCUAGUUCGCCUUCCUUCGGGAACCCGUGCAUUCUGGUCUCUCGCCAAGGCUGUCCAAGGGAACUUCUGUCAGCCAUCCCUUCCAUCUCUGCACAGAAAGGACGACUCACUGGCCCAUGCCGCAAAAGAGAAAGCCGAUCUGUUGUGCUCUCUUUUUGCGUCUAACUCGACUCUAGAUGACGGGGGGAACACACCGCCGACCAUCCCGCGAUGUGAGUGCUCCAUGCCGGAUGUGCGAUUUACACAGCGCUCGGUUCGCAAAGCACUCUUCUCCCUGGACGUCAGCAAGUUGAGUGGGCCUGAUGGAGUCCCGCCCAUUGUGCUGAAGACGUGUGCUCCGGAGUUGGCACCGGUUUUAACGCGUCUUUUCCGGUACUCCUACUCCCAAGGCGUAGUCCCGAAUUCAUGGAAGACAGCUUUGGUCCACCCGAUCCCUAAAAAAGGCGACCGCUCAGACCCGUCCAACUACAGGCCUAUCGCUAUCACCUCCUUGUUCUCCAAAAUAAUGGAAUCCAUUAUAAACUGCCAGCUCAUGAGGUACCUUGAGGAUCACCAGCUGAUCAGUGACCGUCAGUACGGUUUUCGUCGGGGUCGAUCAGCGGGUGAUCUUCUAGUUUACUUAACUCAUAGAUGGGCCGAGGCAGUAGAGUCCAAGGGGGAGGCAUUGGCCGUUAGUUUGGACAUAGCGAAGGCCUUCGAUCGGGUCUGGCACAAGGCGCUUCUUUCGAAGCUUCCUUCCUAUGGGCUUCCCGAGAAAUUGUGCAAAUGGAUCACCAGUUUCCUUGCUGAUCGGAGCAUCAAGGUCGUAGUAGACGGUGCAUGCUCUGAUUACAAGCCUAUCAACGCUGGUGUUCCACAAGGCUGCGUGCUAUCACCAACGCUGUUUCUCCUGCAUAUCAAUGAUAUGUUGCUAACUGGUAGCAUUCAUUGCUAUGCGGACGACAGCACUAGGGAUGCCUUAUAUACCGGCCGUGCCAAUAUUUCUCGGAAAACGUCGCCGAGUACCGGGACAAACUUGUGUCUGAAGUCGAGUCUUUGCUUAACAAAGUCUCGGAUUGGGGCCGACUAAAUCUAGUCCAGUUCAAUCCCCAGAAGACACAAGUUUGCGCGUUUACCGCUAAAAAGAACCCCUUUGUCGUAUCUCCUCAGUUUCAAGGCACUCCCCUUGCUGCCUCAGCCAGUAUCGGAAUCCUUGGCGUCGACAUAUCGAAUAGCGUGCAGUUUCGUGGUCACUUGGAAGGGAAGGCCAAAUUGGCCUCUAAAAAGCUUGGCGUGCUCAGCAGAGCGAGACAGUAUUUCAUGCCGGCACAUCGCUAGCAACUUUACAAAGCGCAAGUUCGGCCCCACAUGGAAUACUGUUCUCAUCUCUGGGCCGGGGCACCCCAGUGCCAGCUCCUUCCACUUGACCGCAUCCAGCGCAGAGCGAUUCGAAUCGUCGACGACCGAGUUCUUUCCGAUCAGCUCGAUACACUGGCACUGCGUAGAGAUGUUGCAUCUCUUUGCGUAUUUUAUCGCAUCUAUCACGGGGAGUGCUCUGAGGAAUUGUUCGGACUAAUUCCAGCCGCUCAAUUUCACCAUCGCACGUCGCGACAAAACUCGCGUUACCAUCCGUACCAUCUGGAUGAUUGGCGGUCCACCACUGUGCGAUUUAGAAGAAAUUUUCUCCCUCGCACAACUUCUUUGUGGAAUCAAUUACCACCAGCGAAUUUUCCGAACCGAUACGACUUAGGAACCUUCAAGAAAAGAGCUUACACCUUUCUAAAAGGCCGGCAACGCAUCUGCAAUUCCCCUGGUGUUGCGGUUGUUCAUGGGCGGCCGGUAGUCACUUACCAUCAGGUGAGCCGCAAGCUCGUUUGCCCCCUAUUCUAUAAAAAAAAAGACCAAAAUAUUGCUGACAAGGCCAACUUUUUGGAAGUUGGCAUUGUCAUAUGAUAUUUUGCCAUAAAAGCGUCUAAAACAAUCAAAAAAAUUAGUUGCUAAUUAGUUGUUCAACAUAUAGUGUCUAAGUAUGAAAUUUUUUAUUUUAUAAAUCGAAAAGUGCAUUUGAGAGGGAAUGGUAUACACUGAAAUAGUCAUUUGAAUAAACGUAUUAGUUAAGUAACUCUAGUAGUUGAAACGGUAAAUAAAAAAUAAGAUUUUACUUAUUCUCUGCAAAAAUAAAUUUAAAGUGUUAUGUACGGCUAAACCAAAGUAUCCAGUAUGCAACGCAGUAGAUUCU